AUGAAUAACAGAACCAAUCUCAUGACAUGCUGUAACGGCAUCGCAAAGUCUCUCGUAGAAGAGGACCGUGAGGAGGAGGCAUUGGAAUGGUUCGAAGAGGUCGACGUACUAUACAAGAACGCGCGCUUUGGCACACGCCCACCCCUUUUCGAUUGGGUCGACUACUACCCGAAGCCUGCUCACAUAGACUUCUUGGUACAGCGCGUUACCGCUCUCGCAGGAGCGUCAGACAUCUUUUUGGGCCUUGGGAAUACCGGAUCUGCUACGCAUCGCCGCGUUGUUGCCGAUGAUAUAAUCAACAAUCUGUCUCCGGGAACAGAUGCCACGCCCUUGAACGUUCUUCUUCCGGAGGACUCCGUUCGAUCGCUCAUGCAAUAUAGGCACCCGGACCCGGACAUCCAUGCUGACCACGAACUCACAAAUGACGCCCUUCAGGUCUUGGGAUCAUGGCAGAAGAUCAAGCUGUCUAAGCAUAUUGCUCCCCGCAUGGGCUUUGUGAGCUUCAUCUGGAGAAGCCGUCUCUAUGUGGGCGGAGGUAUCAAAAGUGGCACAUUCAACCUGUACAGCGAUAUGUGGUGCCUGGAUCUAAAGAAGCUAAACGGGUGGCGAGAGCUUCCUCCGUACCCACGGGGAGGUGGUGCUUGCCUAAAUCUGCAAAUGGCUGUACACGAGACGACCGCAUACGUCUUCAACGGCACAAGCGUCCUCACUACCUUUGAUCUGAUUACUGAGACUUGGGGUCAGCUGCGUACUGGCUUCGUCGAUUCGUCUGGAAAUCCAGGGCCGUGGCCGCUUGCCGACAAAAAUCUUAGUGAUUAUUCAAUGCAGAUUGUACGUGGGCGCCUGUAUGUCUUCGGUGGGAGUACGAAGAACUGCAAGAUGGGCUGCAACUUCUUCGCCGUACUAAACCUAGCUACACGGCGGUGGGAACACCUCUCUGGUGCUCCCGGCCUACCCGCCGCCGACUACGACUGCCCGGGCCCGAGGAAAUACCUUGGCAGUUGGGUUGAUGAAAAGGACGAACGAAUCUAUGUGCUACAAGGCAUGGCAGAUCUUGCGGCGUCAAAGAUGUUCAAUCAGCCGCAUGCAGCUGACCAUUCAUACGGGUAUGAUGAUCUCUGGAGUUGGGACAUCAAAGGCCGACGCUGGCGCCGGGAGCGACUGGUGGGCAACGCGCCAUGUCCGAGGACCGAAAUGGCCUGCACGUUUAACCCCAGACUCAACGCCACUCUCGUGUACGGAGGCUAUAAUCCAGGCAUCCCGACCCUCUUCGAAUCUAUGGGCAUCUGUUUCAGUUUUACAUACUUCGCCGACACGUACAUUCUCAACCAUUCAUCCUCGAAGCCAGUUUGGAAACAGGUGCUCACACAAGGCUUCCCAACUUACCGUGCUCAGAGCACGCUCCUCACUGAUCCCGACACCGGUCGGAUGUAUCUGUUCGGUGGAUACACCAACACGGACCUGGUGCCUUCUCGCAGUCACGCGCGAACGAGAAGCUUUGGGGACUUGUGGCAGUUGCGCGUGGAUAUCCCCGGCGGUCAUUUUGAAGAAGUUAACAUAUCGGAGGAAGAGCGCAAUGCACGCGUUGGGCCUUGGCAGAAAUGUUUUACAUGUGGUAACGUCGGCCCUUGGAAAAAAUGUGGCGGUACCUGCAGAGGACGCGCGUUCUUCUGCGACGAUCAGUGCUUGAAGGAAGGAUGGCAAGAACACAAGCAGAUACAUACGUGUAAAAAACCCAGAAAGUAA